UCUCACACACCGCCCCGGCUGCGCUUAGCCUCUUGCCUCACCCGGUGCCAAGCCAGCUGUUUAUUUUCCCGCCAUUUCCAGCUCUUCGUGAGGAGAAGUGGAUGAUUUCCUGAGAUCUGAGGCCUUCUGGAAUCACUGCGGCCAAGCGGGUAGGGAGUGUAGCCAGAAAAAGAACUGAAUGGAUUGGUUUCAUUGCAACCAGUGCUUCCGAAAAGAUGGAGCCCAUUUCUUUGUCACCAGCUGCGGUCAUAUUUUCUGUAAAACGUGUGUGACUCUGGAAAAAUGUGCUGUUUGUGGAACUGCCUGCAAGCAUCUGGCUCUUUCUGAUAAUCUGAAGCCUCAGGAGAAGAUGUUUUUCAAAAGUCCUGUGGAGACAGCUUUGCAGUAUUUUAGUCACAUCUCUCAGGUGUGGAGUUUCCAGAAGAAACAAACAGAUCUCCUCAUCGCCUUUUAUAAGCAUAGAAUUACAAAGUUAGAAACAGCCAUGCAGGAGGCACAGCAGGCACUGGUCAGCCAGGACAAAGAAUUGUCAGUCUUAAGGAAGGAGAAUGGAGAACUGAAGAAAUUUCUAGCCAUUCUAAAGGAAUCUCCAAGUCGGUACCAAGGAAGCAGGUCAACCACACCUCGACCAGUGGGCAUUACUUCCCCAUCACAGUCAGUUACCCCACGGCCCAGUUUCCAGCAUAGCAGUCAAGUGGUCAGUCGGUCCUCCUCAGCGGAAUCUAUUCCUUAUAGAGAGGCUGGCUUUGGUGGCUUGGGACAAGGAAGCAGAGGUCUGCAGGGACGGAGAACUCCCAGAGACUCUUAUAAUGAAACCCCUUCACCAGCUUCAACUCACAGCCUAUCUUAUAGACCUUCAUCUGCCUCCUCUGGACAGGGGAUUUUUUCUUUCAGACCAUCCCCAAAUGGGCAUUCAGGCCACACAAGAGUCCUCACCCCCAACAAUUUUGCUCAGAGGGAGAGCAGAACCACACUAGAGAGUCUUCCUAGUUUCCAGCUUCCAGUCCUGCAGACUCUCUACCAACAACAGAGGCAGAUGGGAUUACCCAGUGGGAGAGAAGCAUGGACCACUUCCAGAUAGAUCAUCUUCAAGGUCUGAUCUAUACAUACUGCUGAAGGAUGGACUGUAGCCUCCAGUACCCAUUAGGGGUGAUGGCCCUGGAAAAUUUAUCCCUACAUUGUUUCCUAGUUUCACUCUAUACCUUAUGCUCCCUCCAUCUUUACCCUAUUCACCCUUAUCACCUCCCAGGACAGUGGUCAGGUCUUACAAAAGGCUAGUGCUUCAGGAAGAUGUUUAUAGCUCUUCCAGAAGACCUUGGUAGCUCCCCUCAUUUCCUACAAUUUGAAACAAAGGUCAUAAAAAUAAUUAUUGGCAUCAUGCUUGGUUGGGAGUUGGGAAUGGGGAUUGUGAUGGAUCAUAUACUCAUCACUGUUUCAUUUCUGGAUUUCAUUUUUAGCUAUGGAUAUACUGUCACAUUGCCAAUGUUAACAAGUAACAUCUCUGUUCUUUGUCCUUAUUAUACAUUUUCUAUUUGCCUAUUGUUUCCUCUAUGCUUAGUUACUAUUAAAUGCUAAUUUUCCUUUCUAUUGAAAACAACUGUUGGAGACACUGAUUUUCAGUUUAGUAUAUAGAUAGUAAAAUUAAGACGACACCCUUUUAUUGCUACAAUUCUAUCACUAUUACAAGUUCUAGAAUGGUGGAAUGGGCAAACAACACUACCACUGAGAUCAAACAUGUAUUCUACUUUGGGUACUAAAAGGCAGAAAUGAGGAAUUAAAUAGGUUAGCCACUCACAAGUUGGCCUUAAGCAAAAAUACUGGGAAAACAGAAAAUAGCAGGCAUCUGCCAGAAAUAAAUUAGCUCUUGGGAAUGACCUUGUAUCUGAAUUAGGAGCCCUAUACCCUUUCUGGUACUCUGAAUUUAUUUUAAAGGCAUUUCUAGACACCUUCUCUUUUAGGCAAGAGCCUGUCCUGUAGCAAAUGGAGUUACCUCCAAGAUUGUUGUAUCUCUGUUACUCCUGAAGCCUCAGAAAUUUCAGUCAUUAUCAUUUGAUGGCUGAGAAACAACCUGGCUGGUGACAGAUGCUGAACUACUUCCUUUUAAAGUUUUUAUUCUUCUUUUAAUUUACCUCAAUAAGUCCUGCCCUUCAAAACAAUAAAUUAAAAGUAUGCUGAGUUAGAA